AUGUCCCUCUUCUUCAACGUCUCUUCCAACGGAGCCCACCACACCUUCACAGCCGCACAAAUAACACUCCCUCCAUCACCAGCCAUGGUCUUCGGCACACCUUGGCAAGAACAUACAUCUCAUUCGACUAACCCACCCGACGACACCUGCCACACCAACCAAUAUCUCCAUACCAUCGCGCUCUACUUCGCCCACAAAGGAGCCUGUAAGCUUCUUGUUCCCGCGGCGUUAAGUGCUUUGGGAUUCGUUCCUGCUGUUGGCGCAGGAACGUAUGCAGCGCUGUUCCAGUCAUUGUAUGGGGACGUAGCGGUUAGUAGUUGGUUCGCAGCAGCGCAGAGUGCUGGGGCGGGUGGGCUGGGAUUGCAGACAUUGAGUCACACCUGUGAGAUGUAUGCUGCAGCAUUGGAGGCCGGCGUGUACAUGAUGGCGGAUUCUUUCAAGGAAAGUGGUGAUGAAGACCAAUCAUAG